GGGCCCCCGCACCAGCCCCGUUCGGUUUCGCCAGCGGCCUGGGAGAAGGUCGGGCCGGGCCUGUCGCUGAUGGGGCGCAACAGCUGCAGGUCGCAAAUGGCGCUCCCCACCCCGGCCCAGCCCCCGCGCUGGCUGGGGGCGGCGCCCCCCGGCCGGGCUGCGGGCCCCCGCCGCGGGCGGAGAGGGGGCGGCGCAGGUAGCUGGGCGGCCGCCCGGGAGUAAGCGCGGGCGCGGGGCCGCCGCGGCGGGAUGGGGCGGCUCGGGGCCCGCCGCCUCUUCCUGCUCGCCGCCUGCCUGGGGCUCUGCGGUGCGCGCGGGGCGCUCGGAGCAUCUUUUUAUGGUGAAAGUUAUGUGGAGCUCAACAUCAUAGAAGUUUCCUCUGAGUUAUCUCUUCAAUUAAAAUUUCAAACCAGCAAACCACGGGGAUUACUUUUUCUUGCAGCGGGGAAAAAUGACUACUGUAUUAUAGAACUUCUAUCAGGAAACUUACGGGUGAGGGUGAAUUUGGGUGCAGGUAAACAAGUGCUCCUUUCUGAGGAAAGACUUCGUACAGAUGACCUGGUUUGGCAUUUAGUGGAACUGUACUAUGUUAAAAACAAUGUCUUUCUGGUUAUUGACAAACAUUAUGAGACAACGGGCCAUAUCACCGGUGAGGUGCACAAUUUGCACUUUCAACACGGAAUCUACAUAGCAGGCCACGGUGGACUUGAUGUCCCUUACCUGAAUGGAGAGCUCCCCAAUUUCCGCGGAUGUAUGGAGGAUGUGCUAUUUAACCAGGAGGAGAUCCUGGCAUCCCUUAGAUCUUACCCUGGCUUUAAGAAGGUUUAUGAAGUGUCACUAGGAUGCAGUGACGAAUUUUUUGCAGGAGAGGGUGAAGCCAUCAAUUUCUUUAGCUCCAGAUCCUACGUCACCUUCCCAGAAUGGAAGGUGCCAGGGGAAGGGCUAUUGGAAUUUGCUUUACAGACUGGAACUCAACAAGCCUUACUUUUAUUUCAGUCAGGCAGAGAAGGAAAUUUCGUUGCUUUGGAAAUAGUUAACGGUCUAUUGAGGGCUCAUGUAGGAUGGACCAAAAGCAACACCCAGCUCUCUUCGUUUAGCUUAGUUAGUGACAACAAGUGGCACGUUAUUCAACUGAAGUUCACUGGAAGUUAUCUGGCCCUGAUGGUGGAUGAGCAAGGGGUAAGGACAUUGCUGCCUUUGCAAAGCAAGCCAUUUGUAUCUGAAGGCCCCCUCUUUGUGGGAGGUCUUAAUGCCCGUAAGAGAGAAGAAGUUAAGAAGUUAGGAUUUGCCUCUGUGCCCCAGAAAUCUGCUCGAGGAGUUUCUUUCAAAGGAUGCUUAAGAGGCUUGGAAGCCAACUCAGAAAAGAGAGCAUUGAAGGAUGCCCUUGUUUCCAAAGAUAUAGCUGCUGGGUGUAAAACGAGGAGUAGUGAUAAUGAAAAUCCUUUCAUAACGACAAUGGAAAACCUGCUUCAGUCAGAAGUUCCCCUUUCCACCACCGUUGUUGAGGCAGGCAAGCCUUUUUUUCAAGAUGAGAGUAGCUAUUUCUUGAGUCUGAGUAACUUGGAGAUCCAAGAAGGUGGGCGAGCCUUACUGGAACAAAGGCAUAUGAAAGUGGAUGUGGAAUCUGAAGAUUUGGGUAUCCAUCAUUCUCAAAUUCUAUUUAAAAUAGAGGAAAUGCCCCUUCACGGGUUCCUUCAAUUAGAUGUUUCCCCUGUUCAGGAAAUGGAGAAAGCUUUCACUAUGUUAGAUUUGAGGCAAGGGAAAGUUUGGUAUGUCCAUGAUGGUUCAGAAGAACCUAGGGAUUUUUUCACAUUUUCAGUCUCUUCCAACAGCAAGCAGAAAAUGCCAUUUUAUCUGCAAGGCCAUGUUCCCUAUGUGUUCAACAUUACUGUCAUUCCAGUAAAUGACCCCCCACACCUUAAGCUCCCCGAAGGAAACUUGCUUCUCUUGUUUGAGAAUUCUAAGAAACGACUGACUCCAAAUAUAAUACACGUGUCAGACCCUGACACAGAUUCCUUGAGUCUUAGUUUCUCCAUUCUUGGCAACUUCAAUUCAGAUGCUGGGUUUUUAGAAAACACCAAUGAUCCCGGGAAAGCGAUUAAUGGUUUUACACAGGGGGAUUUAAGAGAUGGCAACAUUUUCUACGUGCACAGAGGUCCUCGGAACUCCCGGAUCCUUCUGAGAGCAAGUGAUGGAGAGCUGGUUAGCAAUACAGUAGUGUUACGGGUCAUGGCUGUUCCUUGGGGCUUUGAAGUGGCCAUUAGAACCGGUGUCGUUGUCCAGCAGGGUGGCACAGUUCUGAUUACACAGAGUAACUUGUCGGUGGAGGUUAAUGGUGAACCCCAUGAGAUGGAGACCCACUAUGCUAUCACUCAGCCACCCCAAUUUGGCCAGAUUCAGCGGCAGGGGUCAAGUGGCGAAUGGAAACAAGUUAGUACCUUUUCUCAGCAUUCCAUUGAUCGGGGUCAGGUCCGGUACCAUAGUACAUUUCGAGAAUUACAGCUAGGAAAUGUUACAGAUCACUUUAAAUUUAAAGUUAACAUAGAAGGAAAAGUCAGCGAGGAGCUAAUGUUUCCGAUUACCGUACGGUGGCUAAAGUUUACACUUCUCAAAAAUGUUCCUCUUAAGGUCAGUAAAAUAAACAGACAAGUAUUGAAUUCUGAUCAUUUGCAGGCUGUGACAGAGGGUGUGGACGUAGCUCAGAAGGAACUGCAUUUUAAGUUGCUGACCCCACCUAAGAAAGGAAAAUUGCUACUUGGCAAUAAAGUGCUAAAAACAAACUCAGUCUUCAGCCAACAAAACAUUACAGACUCUAAGAUAAGUUACGAGCCACAGGAGAGGCCCAGGGAAGACACACAAGAUACCUUUAGGUUCUUGAUUGUUGCGAAGCACAUAGCAUCAAAAGAUUAUACUUUCAGAAUAAACUUCGAAGCAGAUAAGACACGCGUUACUGUGACUCACAGAGGAUUAUUUGUAAAAGAAGGAGAAGGGAAAUUAAUUACAAAAUCAGAAUUAUUUGCUCAAACACUGGACAAUCAGACCUUCCAAUAUAAAAUCACCCAGAGUCCCCAACACGGGAAGCUGAAACUGAUUAACUUGUCAGAUCCUUUGAGAAGUCCUGACGAUAUCACCGCAUUCACUGAUCAAGACCUAGUGGGCGAGCGACUGAUGUAUGUUCACGAUGAUUCUGAGACCCAGUGUGAUGAAUUCCUCCUUGUGGCCUCUGCCAUAGCACCAGGCCAAGACGGAGUGGUCAGGGAUCUUGACACAGAGCAUUUAUCUACAGAAAUCAAAGUUACCAUUUCUGUAGGGUUAAAGAAUGAUGAGAAGCCAGUGCGCGUGGUAGAUAGGGUCUUUCAUGUUGUAAGAAAUGGCCAGCGCCUGCUGACCCUGGCAGAUCUCUGUUACCAUGACCCCGACUCAGAUUUUGAUGAUGGGCAGUUGCUCUAUACCCGGCGGGGCAUCCCAAAUGGGGACUUGGUGACAGCCAGUGACCUCUCUCAGAAACUAUACCAGUUCAGGCAACGUGACCUUCAGGAAGGGCGAGUGCUCUUUAGGCAUCGGGGUGCAGACUCUUCUCGCUUUGUGCUGUUCGUGACGGAUGGUGUCCAUUACACGUCCUUCCUUCUAGAAGUCAGUGCCUCAGACCCUUAUGUCCAGAUAGCCAACAACACGGGGUUGCUUGUACAGAGAGGACAGGGCAGCAGCCUCACAGCAGCUAACCUCAGUGUCACCACGAACCAAGAUAUCAGAACGGACCACGAGAUCGAAUUCCACAUGGUACAGCCCCCGAAGCAUGGCAGAGUGCUGGUCAACCACUCAGUGUCCCGCUCAUUUUCCCUGCACGACGUGAAGCAAGGCCAUGUGUUUUAUAGGCAUGACGGCAGAGGCAAUUCUGAUAUAUUCAACCUGACAGUGAGAGUUAAAGAGGUGUAUGUAGACGUAGGCAUCUAUGUGCGCGUGUACUCUGAAAGCCACCAACAUGGCACCCAAAUUCUGCUCCAGACCCUUGUUGUUGAAGAAGGAAAACCAGUAAAACUGAGUAGAGGAAGACUGCAGGCUGUGCAUGAAGAUAAUAUUCCUGCAGAGGCAAUGUUCAUCGUCAGAAUUCCGCCGAUGCAUGGAUACCUCCGAAAAUCUUUACCUGAAGAAGGCAGCUUGGGUGCAAAUGAAAAGUCCCCUCUGAUUUUUACACAACAGGAUAUUGAUGAUGGCAAUAUCCAUUAUGUACAGAUAGCUCCUGAGCAACAACAGGACCAUUUUUUACUGGAUGUGGUGAGUGGUAUCCAAGCUGUGAAUGGAAUUGAAAUUUUGGUGGAUAUCGUCCCUAAGCGGAUUCCUCUGGAGGUACAAAAUUUCACAGUCCAGGAAGGUGGUUCCAAAGCACUUCUGGAAGACUAUCUCAAAAUUCCAAGCAAAUAUUUUGAGGGAGUUGACUGUGAAUUUGUUCUGCUCAAACCACCACAACACGGUUAUGUUGAAAAUUCUAAUUUUCCAAGAAUAAAGCUAAUGAAGUUUACCAGGAAACAGGUGGAAAAUGAAGCGAUUUACUAUGUGCAUGAUGAUAGUGAGGAGCUUCUUGACAAUUUCACCAUCUUUGCAAAUAGCUCAGAGCUUGGAAAACAGAGUUUGCCCCAAACUCUUUUUGUAACUGUGGAAUCAGUAAAUGAUGAGGCUCCAAUAAUAACAGCCAAUAACAUCCUUAAGGUAUGGGCGAAUUCUGUCACCGAGAUUACCAGUGGGGACCUCUGUGCGGAAGAUGAGGACUCCUCCCCACAGGACCUCAUCUACUGGGUCAGUCCACCCAGCAAUGGGCAUUUGGCUCUCAAGUCCUUUCCUGGCCAAAGCAUCCAGAACUUCACCCAGGCUCAAAUCAACAAGGGCCUGCUAGUGUUUGUACACACUGGGGCCAUGUCAGGAGGCUUUAACUUUCAGGUUACUGAUGGUUUGAACUUUGCACCGCGACAAAUAUUUAGCAUCACCGCUCGAGCCCUGACCAUUAGCUUAGAAGUAAACCGAGGAUUGAGCAUCUUUCCAGGUUCCACGAAACCCCUUUCAUCCGGUGACCUGAGAGCUGUGACCAAUGAUGCGGACAGCACAGGAAACAGAACUGUAACUUUUACGGUUACAAGUUCCCCUAGACUUGGGAGGUUGGUGCGAGUAAGUUCUGACAACAGCACAGAGGAGGUUUCCGUGUUUACGCAGACUCUGGUCAGUGAACGACUGAUACUAUAUCAGCAUGUGGACCAUGAGAACACUGGCUGGACUGCAGAAGACUCUUUCACAUUCACGACAUCCUCCCCACCAGCAGCUCUAGGCCCUGAGGAGUUUCGUAUUACUAUAUCAUAUGAAAUUACUGAACCUGGUCGGCAUAGUCGUCUGCUUGCAAAUACAGGAGCUGCCGUCAAGGAGGGAGACAAAGUUCUCAUUGGCCAAUCUAAUUUAGAUGCUUCCAACCUCUUGCUGAAAUUACCCAAAUCACAGCGAUCUUCCUAUGAGAUCUGGUUCCAGGUUAUAUCUCUUCCUCACCAUGGAACCCUUAUGGUUGGAGAGAGGAAUAUUACCAAAGGAAAACCCAAUUUCUCCCAGUAUAUAGUUAAUAAAUUUGGAAUCAUAUACCUUCACGAUGACUCUGAAUCACUGGCUGAUAAUUUUACCUUUGCCGUUUGGCCAAAUCAAAAGAGUAAGUCUGCCACCAAGCCAAAGGCUGACUUCCUUGAAGAGAUGUUUAACAUCACCAUCUCUCCUGUUAAUGACCAGGCACCAGCAUUAAAGACAAAGGGGCUUCGGUUGAAAGUUCUACAGGGCAACAGGUUAGUUGUGGGACCUGAAAAUCUGAGAGUGGAAGAUCUAGACAGUCCUCCAGAGGAGAUCAGAUAUAUGAUCAUCCGUAAUCCUAAUAAUGGCUUUUUGGCACUGGCUCACCAUCCAGACAUACCUGUUCACCAUUUCACACAGGCCGACAUUGACAACUCUAGGGUUUUAUUCAUUCAAGAUGGAAGCCCAUCCUCAGGCGUGUUUUACUUUAGUGUGACCGAUGGUCAACACCGCCCACUCUAUAAGCUCUUCCACCUGGAUGUCAUCCCCAUCUCCAUCACCCUUGUGAACCUCACUGACCUACUUCUCCCACAAGGCCAGACAAUAGUUCCUAUCACCAAUACUCAUCUGUCAGCAAUGACCAAUGGGAGAAGCCCCCAAAUCACUUACAAGAUGACAUGGCCCCUCCAACAUGGGCAUCUGCUCAUUGAAAACCAGGUGGUCAUCAGCUUUGGGCAGGAGGAUCUACAUUCAGGAAGACUCUCUUACCAUAUGACAAAUCUCACUGCCUCUGGGGACCAGCUACAUUUCUCACUGUUUACACCAGAAAGCAACCUUACAGGACAAACACUGAGCAUCAGAGUGCAGCCUCUACUGCGGGUUAUGUCAAACUUGACCAUUGCCAACAGAGUGGUUUAUCAGCUGAGAAGAAAGGACCUUGAUGCUACUGAGCUUGCUAAUAGGACUAAGAGUGAUCCCCAGUUUGAAGUGACAGAACCCCCUGUCCAUGGAAGACUUGUACGAAGAGUGGGCCGAGGCACUGAAAUGGAAAACGCUACUCUAUUCACUCAGAGGGACAUUGACCAAGGAUUGUUAAUGCUGAAUCCACAUGCCAACUUAACAGGCAUCGAAAUGGUGAAUGACUCCUUCACUUUCCUGCUCAGGGCAGACCAUGUACAGCCAGCAAUAGGUUAUCUCCCCUUCACCAUAGUGCCACCUGACCCCUUACUCUUGCAAACAUUUAUCCCUGAUGUUUCUUUACUAGUCACUUCCAAUAACCUUGUGACUUCAGAUUUCUCUCAGGAAAAGCUUGUGGUUUCCUCAGGACCCACAGUACAGGCAGAAACUUUAGGGAAGCUGACUCAGGCCGGGCAGCAGCAAGCAGAUCCCUGGGGACGACACCAUGGUCAAGAGCCUACAAUGGACAGCAGAGCCUCUCUAACUAGGAUCAUUUGGCCACCAAACACCACCGACGCCAGUCCUCAGGCACCCACCCAACCCAGGGAGAGCAAUUAUCCUGUGAUAGUCAUUGUACCCUCGGCUGUGGUGGUCUUCCUGCUGAUAGUAACUGUCGUGACCUUGUGUAUCCGGAUGCUGGGCCGGAGGGCAGAAAAGGCAAAACCUCUUAUCAAGCCCCUGACCAAUCUGGAAACUACAACCCCAAGUCCUAGGCCAGAAAGGAGCAUAGCUGUUCCCACUGUCACAGUGACACCCCUUCUAAAAAGCUCCAGCAGUCCCCCAGUCAGUCUUUGCAGGGACCCACUAAGUGGGCAAAUGGCUUCUCCAGCUACUGAGCCAGUGGAGAAAUGUGCUCCUUGGGAGACAUGGAUGAAUCUGGAUCCUGACAUGGUCAAGCUCUGCCGACAAACCAACCCAACACUGAAGCACAACCAGUAUUGGGUGUAGACUGAGGGCUCUUGUUCCUGAGUGACCACCUGCUGUACUGGGAUAGGUACUGGGAUCCAAAGGCAAAGGAAUGCUGGGUGAAUCAACUGAGAAAAGCUUGGCUGUGACAGUCACUCAGUGCUCAGUUAUGGUCCCAUGGUUAGAUGUUGGCAAGUGUUUAUUGUAACGCAUACAACACUCUUCUGAUGGGCUCUCCACAAUGAGCUUUGUAUGCUCUCUUCUGGACCUGACUCUGAGUAUAAGGUUGUGUCAGUAUUUAAGCCCUUUACCAAAGUGCUACCAAACAUGCUGGCCUAACUGGGAACAGCAGUAUUAACUUGGAUGCUAGAGUUAAUGGAGGAAGCCUUUGCAUAUUUUUCACUGAGGAUUCACUCUCCCUGAGUGAGUCAGCAAGGAAAUGCAGGAACUGUUUCAGCAAGUAGAAAAGGUAAUUUAACAAAUCAGCAAGUUUGUUUCUAGUGUAUUUCUAUAAUGUAUUUUCCUCCUUAGAGCCCGUAGGUUUGACUUCUUGUGCAGGAAAUGCCUUGGUGCUCUGGAUAGUAGGACAGCUUGACUCCCUUUGAAGUAUUCACUGAGCAUAUUGUGUUUCAUCGAGAAGAUUUAUCUAUUCUGACUUGUAAAACCAAGUCUGUAGUACAAAUAUGAUUUGAAGCCAUAAAGAAUAGAAAAGGCUGUUAAACGCAUUUGUGAUGACUUGAUUUGGCUUAACAUCACGAUGAAUUGAAAUAAUGGCAAAUUUGUACCUGACUUGUCUGGUUGAGCCUACCAUUGGCUCAACUGAUUCAAACCUGUUUCGAUAACUAUAAAAUGAAGAUAUCAGUACUUGUAUUAGUUACGAAUGCUUUAGGUUGCAAAUCACAAGACAUUAGCUAUGAGUCGUUUAGAUUGGAGAUUGGCAAACUUUAUUCGUGCAGUACCGCAUGGUAAAGAGCUUAGACUUUGCGGGCCAUGUAUGGCUGUUUAUUUUUAACAACCUUCAUUUUCUUAACAAAGUUUUAAAAAGGUAGAAACAAUUCUUAGUUCUUGCCUUUGACCCACAAAUCAGUUUGCCAACUAUUGAUUUGGCUAAGCAAUAAAAGUCUUGCAACUACCAAGUAGCCUGAGGUGGACAUUCCAAGGCCGGUUCAACAGUCCAAAGAUGUCAUCAAGUACUGAAACUCUUUUGUUCUUUCUUCUCUACCUUCCUCAAGCUGUUGGAAUUCUGUUUUUCAUUUUUGUUUUUGUUUUUGUUUUUUGGCUUAGUUCCUUGUGAUUGUGAGGUACCUGCUAAUGCUCUAAGCAGUACAGUCACGUUCAAAGGCAGACAUUCUAGUGGGAAAAAAACAGAUAUGGCAAAAAGACUUUUUCUUAGGAUCUUAUUUAUUAUUAUUAUUAUUAUUAUUAUUUUAAUCCUGUAAGGGUAGGCCUUCCCAAACAUCUUCCCCCUUUUAUGUCUCAGUCUAGAACUGAGCAAUGGGAUUCCCAUCUCUGGAACAACCAUUUGGCCAAGAAAUGGAAUUCUUCUGACUGACGAUCUUUCCUGGGGCUGGGAGAGGAUUCUGCCAUGUCAGAGAUCAGUGGAUGACCCCACUAUGUAAUUAGGGGAGGCUGGAGGAUGGAAAUUAGUUAAACAGUGAAUAAGAUCUAUUAAAGUACUCUUCAAAUAUGAAAUACUUGGGAAAUAAGCAUUUUGAUCUUUCAAAUGGAUAUCUACUUUAGUAUCUCUUUUUCAUAUUUUAAUGAUUUUCUUAAAGCCAGCAACUAGUGAGUCUAGAGUGGAAGGAACAACUUCUCCUGGCAGGGGCAUUUGGCAGUGUCUGGAGACAUUUUUGGUUUUCACAACAGGUGCUGUUGGCAUCCAUUGAGUGCAAACCAAAGAUGCUGCCAGAUAUCCAACACUGCAUAGGACAGCCCCCCAAAAGAAUUACCUGAUCCAAAAUUUCAACAAUGCCAACAUUGAGAAACCCUGGUUAAAACUACAAUGAAGAGUUUUCUUGUCUACCUGAUGAAGGAUUAAUAAACCCAUUACCAAAUGUAAGCAGCAACUAUAUUCUAAAAACAGAAUAAAAGGGUGAAAAUUCUAUUGUACGGUUGAAACUCUGCUUGGCAAAUUUUUUUUAAAGAGGAUGUAUUUAAAAACAAAGCUUGAGGGCAGAUUCAUUCCUUCAUAUUCCUUGAUAAAAGAAAAAGAUUUUAUCUUGUAUUAACAGUUGGAACACAUCGGGAGGGAAAAAAAAUCGAUAUUUACAAAGGUAAAGAUGAGAUCAAAGUGUUCCCCAAAGUCUAAUGGCCUCAGAUGUGUUCCAUGUGGACAAGAACUUUUUCUCAUCCUUUCCCUUUUCUGCUUCUCUGGGUUGCUUUUCUGUCCCAACCCAAUUUUAACGGCUCUCUGUGGAAACAGACUUCAUAAUCUACAGACCAAAUGGAAGCACAGCAUAUUUGGACCUAGAGAUAACUAAUCAUGUCUUAGAUCUCUGGUUCCAGUGCUGGUGCUAAAGAAAUCUUACCUACUCUUCUUCCUAAAGUGAUUCCCUCCUGUCUUUCUGUAUUAUUGAAUUAUAUGUAGCCCCUUUCAAGUGUUUUUGGACUUGAUCCCCUUAGAAAGGAGGACUGAGAGUCUUAACCCAAGGUUGGUUUGAUCACUAUGCAACACAGAAUUAUUCUUUUUUUUUUCUUUUUCCUUUUUUUCAAUUUAAAUCCAAGUUAGCUAACAUAUAAUAUAAUAAAGUUUUCACUAAUAGAAUUUAGUGACUCAUCACUUACAUAGAACACCCAGUGCUCAUCCCAACAAGUGUCCUCCUUAAUGUCCCUUGCCCAUUUAGCUUGUUCUAAGGAGCCAGGUGCUCAGAAGGAACAGAAUGGCAGUAUGUGCUUGAGCUUGUACACAGAAAGGGAAGGCUGAGGAACAUCUUUGCAUCCAGUUAAGUGGGUUUUCUUUUCUCUUGGCUGGGCAAGGAGACUGCCCGUUCUUUGUGGAAGAGCCAGAUGUAGUUGGCUCCAUGACCAUGUUGGCCUCUUCCUUGCUUCAGCCAUGAGAUCUGUGAAGCUUAUCAGCCUGAGCAAACAAAAAAAUAUGAUUUCCCCUCCCUUUUCCUGUUAAUUCUGUAACUUCAUAAAAAUAAAAUUAGAAUAAAAUUAGCGUCUGUAUUGGAAUUAAAUAGACACAGAUGCUUUGAAAUGAGAAUUCACAGUGUCUGUGAGCGUGCCUGCUAAAGCAAGACCAUCAGUGUGAGGUACAGAUGUCAAGACUCAGUAAUUAAUAGAGUAAUUAAUAUAGAGCUUGAAAAGUUUUCCAGAGCAUCUAGAAUAGUCUUCUGAUUUGCAGAUGGAUUCAAUUUUUAAAAAUGCCUACCAUGUGGUGCUGGCUCAAAUAAAAAAUGAAAUAAAAAGUUUU